AAACAAGUAUGAUCAAAUGAAGAGAGAUUGGAGAAUUUGGAAAGGUUUGAAGCAAUCUGAAACUGGCCUAGGUUGGGAUUACAUAACUGGAAAGCUUGAUUGUUCCAAUGAGUGGUGGGAGAUAAAAAUCAAGGAAAAACCUGAAGCUAAAAAAUUUCGUAACAAAGGGGUACCAUGCGCCAUUGAAGAGCUAUGGGAUCAGCUAUACUCGGAUGUAGUAGCUAACGGGUUAGAAUGCGUUACUCCCGGCAUGAAUCCUUCAAGUGUGGUUGUGAAUGAUGUACAAUCUGGAAAUGUUGAGAGGGUUCAAGCAGGUGUUGAAGAAGAGGAAACCAAUAGUGAAGAAAGAGUACUUGGUGAGUAUGAGGAUUCUCAAGAUCAUGUUUACUCAAAAUAUAGUCAAUACUCAUCUCGCUUGGAAAACCUAGAAAAAAGUGAGGGUACUUUUUGGCAUGAGUUUUCAAAUGAAGUGCUUAAUGCUGAUAAUCAACAACCUAACCAAAGCCAAGGUGUUACCCAAGUACCAACUAGUGAUAGGAGGACUUCUAAAGAACCAUAA